UAUCUGAAACGAGGAAUGCAACUACGAUUCCAAUUUCCAUGGCGGAAUCUCUGUAGUAACCAGCACACAACACAGACACGCACAGUGACUCUCACUCGCCGCGCAUUUCCAAGACCAACCGAAGCGACGCAACCAAUGGCUCUUCCUCCCAAAGCCACUUUCCCUCUCUCUCUUCUCCUUCUUCUUCCUCUUCUUCUCCUCUCUCUGGUUUUAGCCACAUCAACACAACAAGAAGAGUUCUCGGAGGAGUUGCUGCUGAAGCCCUUGCCCGAUCGCAAGAUUCUCGCGCAUUUCCACUUCCAAAAUGAAGCUCCUCUCGACGCCGAUUCGUUCGCUCGUCACCACCACCUCUUCCCCAAAUCUAUUUCUCAGCUGGUUCAGAAGUUUCAUAUUAAGGCAAUGGAGUUAUCUUUUACACAAGGUCGAUGGAACUAUGAAAGAUGGGGUGGAUUUGAUCCAAUAUCAAGUCAUAAUGCAAAGCCUCCAGGAGUUGAAUUGUGGGCAGUUUUUGAUGUCCCUCCACAUCAGGUUGAUGCUUCUUGGAAAAAUUUAACCCAUUCACUAUCAGGUCUCUUUUGUGCUUCCAUCAACUUCCUGGAGUCUUCUACAACUUAUUCUGCGCCUGAAUGGACAUUUCAAUCAGCUCUGGGUAGUUUAAGAUAUGGUACACUGCCACGUGAAGCUGUCUGUACUGAGAAUCUUACACCCUGGUUGAAACUCCUUCCCUGUCGAGAUAAAGCUGGACUCUCUUCCUUAAUGGAUAGACCGUCUAUUUACAGAAGCUUUUACCACUCCCAGCGGUUGCACUUGACAAUGUCCUCAGCUGCUUCAGAUGGGUCAAGAUCAGGAAUUAUUCUACAACAAACACUAACAGUUGUACUCCAGCCUGAUGAUCAGAAUGCUGAUAUGAACCAUGUCAGCAAAGCAAAGGUACAACCAAGCUGGUCCCUGAGUUCAAUAUUUGGAAGAAAAAUCAGUGGAAGGUGUGUCCUUGCCAAGUUGAGUAAUGUUUACCUUCAUGCUGAUAGAGGUCUAGUUGCUCAACUUGAGAAUCUCCAUAAGAAUACUACUCAAUUUGCUAAUAAUGACACAGGUCCCGAAGAUUAUAGAGUGAACAGUGGCUUUAAAUUGUCUGUUACUCCCAAGAGGAUGCAUACAGAAUUGGGAAAGGGCUCCUCAAUUCUGUAUGAAUACCCAAUCAAAGAUUACAAGGAUACUGAACAAUUUGAUUUAGGCCUAUCGUGGGAGCAUCCAAUUGUUUGGUCCAGCCCACAUGCUCCUUUUUAUGCUAGUAGAUUCUUGAUGGGAAGUGGAAAUGAAAGGGGUGCUAUUGCAAUAUCCUUGAAAUCAACGGAAAUGACACAGGGACUUGUAACCAAUAAUAUUGAAGAAAGGUGUAAGUUGCAAGUUAAUGUCCUCCAAGUUGUGCCUUGGUAUGUUAAAGUAUAUUAUCAUACUUUGCAAUUACUAGUUGAUGAAAGACCUCGAGUACUCACAGAUUUUGUUGAGAGAAUGCGUGUUUUGCCUUCUGAAGACAAAGUAUCGCCAGGGAUGAUGGAGCUUGUCCUUCAAUUUCCUUGUGAAAUGAAGUCAGCUGUAUUGAGUAUAGAAUUUGACAAGGGCUUCUUGCACAUUGAUGAGUACCCUCCAGAUGCUAAUCAAGGAUUCGACAUUCCAUCCGCAAUAAUAAGCUUUCCUGACUUAAAUGCUGGUUUGCAAUUUUAUGAUAAAUCUCAAAGCAAGUCACCGUUGUUGUCUAAAUUACAGGAAAAGAGUCCAGUUCUCUCUUACACAGAAGUCUUACUUGUACCCUUGACAACUCCUGAUUUCAGUAUGCCAUAUAAUGUCAUCACAAUUACAUGCACAGUUUUUGCAUUGUAUUUUGGAUCUUUGUUAAAUGUUCUCCGAAGACGAGUUGGAGAGGAGGAAAGACUUUUGAAAAACAAAGAUGCCAGCAAAGCUGUUUUCCUUCGUCGAAUACUAAAUAAAUUAUCUGCCAAGCUUAGAGGCAGACCAUUGGAAUCAACUUCGUCCCCUUCAUCAUCAUCAUCAUCAUCCUCCUCCUUUGUUAGUCCAAAAUUGAUUCUCAGAGUAUUACUGGUUGCAGGAAUUGCAAUUGCAUGGCAAUACUACUCACAAUGAUAACUUCCAACCCGGUAGUUUUCCGUGUACUAUAGUCUGAUUGCAUAUAUUUUAUGUACAAUACAAACCUUACUUCCACUUUACCGUGUACUUUCAUUCAUACCUGUUUUUAGUCGACCAAAACAAUGUACACGACCAAAUUGAUUGAUUAUAAAACAAAAUUGUCCUUCUGAUUUUCCACAGGUUUUAAGUAAUAAAAUGUGCAAUACCCUUUCACACUAGAGGGCAC